ACUGUCUACAAAUCCCUGCCCUGUGAAUCACCAAAAUCUUCCUAAACUCCAUUCCUUGUAGUUAUUCACCGAUGUUCCGUUCUCUUCUCAACUCCAAUUCAAAUCUUCUUCGCAUCUUCUCCUUCAGACCGCUCUCCUCCGCCUCCGCCACCGCCACCUCCACCGUAGAUUACCUCACAAAUACCCUAGGCUUCGCCCGCGAGUCAGCCAUCGCUGUCGCCGAGAAACUCAACAUCAAAACCACCACCAGGCCCGAUUCAGUGGUCCAACUUUUCAAAAGCUACGGUUUCACCCCCACUCACAUCGCCACCAUCGUCUCCAAGCUUCCUUCUCUCCUCUUAGCCAACCCGGUUAAAACCCUCGCACCCAAGCUUCAAUUCCUCUCCAAUAAUGGUGUCUCCGGCUCUUCCCUCGUCCACAUUGUCUCCACCAACCCUGUGAUACUCAGACGGAGCUUGCAGAAGCAAAUCAUCCCCUGCAUUUCCUUCCUCAAAAAGGUCUUACCCACCGAUCACAAAAUCGCUUCUCUCCUCACUGCCAAGCGCGGCACUUGGGUCGUCUACAAGUUUUCUGAACAAAUGGUGCCAAAUAUCGAGACACUGCGAAGCCAUGGCGUGCCGGAGUCGAAUAUUUUGCGGAUGCUGAUCUUGCGACCGCGAACGCUGUCGUUCAAUGCUGAUGAGUUUAAAGCAAUCCUUAAGAGGGUUAAGGAAAUGGGGUUUGAUGAAAAGGGUAUGAUGUUCAUUCAUGGGAUGUGCGCAUUAUGUGGAAUGAAGAAGGCGAAAUGGGAGUCAAAAGUGAGUGUCUUCAGGAGUUUUGGUUGGGGGGAGGAGGAGUUUAUAGCGUUAUUUGUGAAGCAGCCCCAGUUUAUGAGCAACUCAGAAACAAGGAUCAGGAAAUGCUUGGAUUUUCUCAUUAAUGAGUUGGAUUGGAUGCCGGAGGAUAUUUUCAAGUACCCAAUGGUGCUGUUACUUAGCUUGGAGAAGAGAGUGGUCCCCAGGUCUCGUGUCCUUCAGCUUCUGAUUGGAAAGGGUCUUGUGACUAGGAGAAGUAUAGGAAGGGCAUUGAUAAUCUCUGAAGAUCGGUUCAUGAAAGUGUUCAUGUCCAGUUAUGAAAAGAAGAUCCCAGAGCUGUUGGAGGUUUACCAAAGAAAUAAAGUGGGAUUGCUACAGUAAGCAGUUUUAGUUUGAGUGGGGCUUGCAGCUACAAUUUAAUUUCAAUGGCUUCUAAAGAGAGAGAAAAUCUUAUGGAUGACUUCAAACAACAACUAUGGGAGCUAAAGGUAGUUAUUAGUGAAGUUCUUAAUGGUAGUAUUGGGGAAAAUCAAUGGUUAGAGCCCUUGGUGGAGUUUGAUGGUCACAUUGGUGGAAAAUCAAUGGAAACCUUUUCUAUUGGAGUGUGAGUGCACUUUCCUAGUGGAUGAUUGAUGAUAGCUUGUCGAUUGAGUCAAAGGACUUAUUCACUGAAGUUGAGUGUGGGUAUCAAGUGUCAAGUGUAGAGACUAUGUUGUCUAAGUGUGGGCAUUGUUUGUAUUCCUUUAAUAAAGAAAUAAGGAGAAUUUAUAUGA